AUGAGUCCUUCCCCCUCUCUCCUCUCCCCUCCGCUUCCCCCUCCCCUAACCACUUCUGGUCUCCUCUGUGAAUUCCCCCUCCCCUCCAACCGCCUUCCGAGCCCGAGCGCUCCUCUCCAGGCAAAUAAAGCCUUUCAGCGCCUCGCGCCUAGCCAGCCGUUAGCUUAUUAUCCUCCCUCCCUCCAGCCCCCUCCUCUCUCCUCCACCCCCGCCUAUCCCACCGAGUUGCUACUGGGAGGUGAGCGUGGGGGAGGGGUGAUCUCCCGUCACGCGCCCUCCUCUGGCUCUGGGCGCCGCAGGGUUAAGGGCAGCCCGGCAAAGUCGCUGCCUCGGCCGUCGCGGCCCGGAGAGCCGACCCCAGAGCCAGCUUCCCCGCGGGCGCCGCGUUCUCCUCUCCUCAGCGCUUCGACUCCACUGGUCGGACAGCUCCUUAUGAGGGACCGGGGCAGAGCAGGGCCCGGGCUCCGGCGGAGGCAACUCAGAGCAUUCCCGGCUCACCGGAGUCACAGCCGCGUCUCCCCCCAGCCCCGCCCCCGCCACGGAGAAGCGGCCGUCAGCCUCAGGCCCUGGGGAAAAGCCCCGUCCGGUGGCGGGCCGGCCCGGCCCCACGCUCCCAGCCUUCUUCCCUCGCCUCGCCGAAAGCCAUCCCAUGUGAUAUAUUUUUUUAAAGAAAAAAAAGAAAAAAGAGGAGGAAAAGCAGCAGAACUGAUCAGUACAUUGGAAAAAUUCUGGAAACAGGAUAUUCUGUUUGACCAUCUGGACAGGGAUAGGGCAUUCCCCUCACUUUCCAGGAGAGGAUGAGACAUCUCCACUUGAGCAUCUGAGUGGUGGUGGAGAAGAUGAAUAGAAUGGGAGCCAAAAAAUGAAAACUCUCUGUGUAAUCUUAAGCUUGCAUAAACUUGUAAAACACACUAAUAAAGAAUUCACUGGUGAGCUUGAGUUUUCCCUUUAUGUGAAAUUGAGCAUAAAAAUCCUCUUUCCUGUCCUUCCCCACUUUAGAAAAAAAUUUUUUCAGCUGAUGGCACCGAAAACACAGAAAGUAAUUUAGCUUAGUGUAGAGAACAGCAGAUAAAGAAAGAAGCUUGCCACUUUAACCUUGAGUAAAACAUUUAACUUCCCUGUGCCUCGGUUUUUUUUCAUUUGCAAAAUAGGUAUAACAUAUAACAAUUUUAACCAGUGGAGGGAAAAUACAUAUUUAAGAGUAUUGUAAAUUUUUUCAUGGAAACAUUUACUAAUAAGACUUUUCAAGGCUUAACACACUUCCAUAAAAAAGAGCAAUGUAUAGGCUCUAUGUCUCUAAAUUGCUUUAGUAUAAAGUAGUCAUCCUCUAGAACUGUGUUGGUUUCCAAAAGGUUUGACUAAUUAAAAAGAUAUUAAUGAGAGUCUUAUCAGGGAAGGUAAGAUUCUGGGCAGAAGUUAUUUAUUUUUUUUAAAUCAGCGAUUCUUAGACACCAUACAUUUGAAUGAACACUGCUCUAUUUAAUAUUUCUGUGGCAAUUAAUAAGCAUGAUACUAUCCAAAGUUAAACCUUCA